CCGGAGUGGGCAUAUUCUCGCGGCUCUCUUUGAGAGGAGAAAUUGUGGGGUGGAGACCGCGAGGAGAUUGAAAAAAGAGUGGGUCAGUGACAGCAGGGGAGCGUGAGGCAGGGACUGCGAGGCUACUGUGACCCAGGGACAGUGACAGCGAGAGGACUGUGACCGAGAUGUAGCUGCUUACGAGGGGUCUGAGACUCAGGAGCAGUGAAUGCAAGGGAUUCUGACCUCGGAGAGCACAAGGCAGACGUUGCGAGGGGACUAUGACCGAAGAAAUGUGAGGCAGUGACUGCGUGGGCACUGUGACCAAGGGCCAAUGAUUCGGAGGAGACUGAUCGAUGGAUAGUGACUGUGAGGAUACUUUGACCUAAGGGAACAUGAAGCAGCGGCUGUGCAGACUGACCAACGAGCACUAACUUGGAAGGGCUAACUCGGAGAAGAAGAGCGUGGGACCAGUGACUGGAGAUGAAGAUGGAUGCACAGAGUUCAGCCAAAGUCAACACAAGGAAGAGGAGGAAAGAGGUACCUGGACCCAAUGGGGCAACAGAGGAAGAUGGGAUUCCUUCUAAAAUGCCACGCUGUGCAGUUGGCUUACGGCAGCCAGCUCCUUUUUCUGAUGAGAUUGAAGUAGACUUCAGUAAGCCCUAUGUCAGGGUAACUAUGGAAGAAGCCAGCAGAGGAACUCCUUGUGAGCGACCUGUAAGAGUUUAUGCAGAUGGAAUAUUUGACUUAUUUCAUUCUGGUCAUGCCCGGGCUCUGAUGCAAGCGAAGAACCUUUUCCCUAAUACAUACCUCAUCGUGGGAGUUUGCAGCGAUGAGCUAACGCACAACUUCAAAGGCUUCACCGUGAUGAAUGAGAACGAGCGCUACGAUGCGGUGCAGCACUGCCGCUAUGUGGACGAGGUGGUGCGGAACGCCCCCUGGACCCUGACACCGGAGUUCCUGGCCGAACACCGGAUCGAUUUUGUAGCCCAUGAUGACAUCCCUUACUCUUCUGCCGGAAGUGAUGAUGUUUAUAAGCACAUCAAGGAAGCAGGCAUGUUUGCUCCAACACAAAGGACAGAAGGUAUCUCCACAUCAGACAUCAUCACCCGCAUUGUCCGGGACUAUGAUGUGUAUGCCAGACGGAACCUACAGAGGGGCUACACGGCAAAGGAGCUCAAUGUCAGCUUUAUCAACGAGAAGAAAUACCACUUGCAGGAACGGGUUGACAAAGUAAAGAAGAAAGUGAAAGAUGUGGAAGAAAAGUCAAAAGAAUUUGUUCAGAAGGUAGAGGAAAAAAGCAUUGAUCUCAUUCAGAAAUGGGAAGAGAAAUCCCGAGAAUUCAUUGGAAAUUUCCUGGAAAUGUUUGGUCCAGAAGGAGCACUGAAACAUAUGCUGAAAGAAGGGAAAGGCCGGAUGCUGCAGGCCAUCAGUCCAAAGCAGAGUCCCAGCAGCAGCCCUACUCGUGAACGCUCCCCCUCGCCCUCUUUCCGAUGGCCCUUCUCUGGCAAGACUUCCCCUCCUUCCUCCCCAGCAAACCUCUCCAGGCACAAGGCUGCAGCCUAUGAUAUCAGUGAGGAUGAAGAAGACUAAUUUUUCAUCCCUCCUUUCCUUUCCCCUCCCCAUGUCCCAUCACCUUCAGAAGCUCUCUGUUGAAUUCCAAAUUGUGGUCCCAACAAUAAACCUAAAGACAGUUGCAAAGGAAAGAAAUUGGGGCAAGAGGACCUCAGAUGGGGGGAGCAAACAGCCCACCCACCAAGAGACAUUACCCACCCACACCGAGAAGGAGGCUGACUACACUUUAGAAGCCUGUUCUGCAUCCAUGUACCCUUCCCACGGACUUUGCUUUACUGUUUAUGUUCAUGUGAUCUUGACAGGGAAAUUGUCAUUUUAUUAAUUUUUUAAAAAAUCAGUCUUUCAACUACAAUUAAUAGAACUAAUUCUUUUGCCCCUGAGGAGUGGGCAGAAGGAAGUGGUAUAAUACCCAGAGGCCUUUCUUUCCUGAUACACUGUAGGGUUUGCCUUCUGUUCUGAGGCUGGCCAAGUCUUUUAAGCAGUGGCCAUGCUGAUGAGUGACUUUGGGGCAGGCAGGGGUUGAGGGAUAUAGUUUUGGUUUCUUUACAAGGAAAUACUAAAAGCCAGGUAAUAGUCACAAAUCCCCUAACGGUGUUGCUGGCACAUAUGCCGGUGUGGCUGUGAGAAGGAGGAGAGCUGAGCCUAACUGUUCUUACUCCCUGAGGAAUUUCUUGAUGGACCCAGUGGGGUCCCUGAAGACACUGAUGGCAUCAGUCAUGGCUUUUCUGCUGUGUUCAUCUCAGAAAAUUCUGUUGCUCGGUUAUUUGGGAGCUCUUGUUGAUCUCUUUCCUGUAAUCUACUGUUAAAGGAAGGAACACUUUCAGGUUUACUGUGAUUGUGGAGGGGAGUGGGGCAAUACUCAAUCCUACACAGUCAUUUCAGAUUCCUUUUCCCCCUGGAGCAAGUCCCUGGUCCUGCUGCUCCUGUUUCUAUGCUCAUACAAAGCUUUAUACAAAGGGUGCUUUGUAAAUGUCUGCAAUUUCAACACGAUCUGUUAAUCCACGUUGCUCACAUCACGUUGAAUAUUUAGAGAGAUUUGCAAAGAGCAUAGAUGCAAAGUCAUAAAGGAACAUCCACCUUCCUAUCUUGACCUCUGCCCCUCUUAAUGUUCUUGACUCGAACCAGUGCUCCACAGGGUUUGUUUUCCUCUGAGAGUGGCAGCUGUCAGGGACUUAUUUCCCUCCGCUGCCCCUUCCAGCAAGCCAGAGAAGGGUUCCCAUUACAAGGAUAUGGUAAGCUCUCUCCCUCUCUUCCACAUGUGCCUGGUGGUUAUGGCCUCACCUCUCCUGUUAGGUUCCCUGGGGGGGAAUGCAUCACUUAAAUUUCACAUCAGAGAAUGCUAAAGCUUAACGCUUUUUGUUGGGCUUGAGCUCAUUUUAAACCUCCAGUAUCCUACAGCUACAUGACUUAGCAGAUCAUUGUCCAUUAGUAACCCUGUAGCUGGGUUUAGGGGAAGACUGCUUCUGUCCAGGCCCCACCCCGUCACUCAUAAAUACCCCUUGUGGGGGUGGAGUUUUAGUGUUUUCAGCUAAGAAAACCACAUUUUAUCUUGCCCGUGCUAGGGCUGUGAGUAUCUCAUAGUCAUUCUCCUUAACACUUCCUGGUAACACCUGCCUGCCCGCACACUGGACUACCUAGGUUCCCAAAACCUAGGAUCACCCAGAGGCAGAGCGUGGCAGAGUAGAGGGACACAGAGGAGAACCUCUUGUCCUGAUGGCCUGUGAAAACUACAUUUGUAUCUCAUGAAGUGCUACUUUUACUAUCAAAUCUGGUUUACAUGAGCUUUGGCUUGGCAUCCUUUUUUUUGAAACAGGUGAAGUUGACAUUUGCCUACACUGCCCAGCUUCAUAUGAUCACGUUUUAACUUUUCUGCUUUAAUCUCCUUCUUUGGGAAUUUCGCCUGUUUCUUUCUUAUUUUCCCUGGUACAGAAAGGCAGUGAAGUCACCUCUGAAGCCCACCUACUCGUUCCCUCCAGGUACUCAUUAUGCUGUAUAUUUUGGUUCGCAGGCCUGCGCUCAAUCCACUGAGCUACACCAGCCAGGGCAUAUGCUGUAUAUUUUGAAAGGGAGAUGCCCAGAAGGUGGUUUUCCUCCCUGUAGUCACUCCUCUCUAGGAUAUUGUCUGGGUCUCCGAGCUGUGGGCCCUCCUCCUCUGCCCUGUCAAUGGGCGGCCUGGCCCUUGGAGUGUGACUCUAGGCUGAAACCCCCGUGAGACUGCUAGUGCCGGCUCGUGCACACAUUCUUGGAACACUCCUUUGCCCCUUUUGCUUGGUGAGCCUCUACAGCCUCAGUCUCUUAACACUAGUAUAUUCCAGUAAUUUUGACUGAAAGCAAAAAUUUUUAUGGCACGGCAUGUUAGCUACUAUGGGAUGAAUGAGAUCCUAGGUGCUGGAUAAGGAUGGGCGGAUGGCGGAAGCUGUUGGGAUGAUGCAUUGUUUGAUCACUUGUGCCUAAUUAAAUGGGGUUAGUGGUUUGCAUACCACAGCCAUACCUGUGACUUACAAAGCUAAUACAAUAUUUGAGGUUGUGGAGCUAUUUCUCUGAAUGCCACACACAAAACUGUCAGCUUAAAUAGGCCAAAUGUGGCAGAGAUGGUAGAUCUUUAAAUUCUGGUUGGCCCCACUGUGCAAGACGGAAGGAGAGUGGAGAAGGAAGCCCUAUCACUGGUGCCAAGGAGGUGCUGUUUCAGCAGUUCCCUGGAGAUGCGAUGAGCAGGAAGUUUGAUUUUUUCAUAUACUAGGCUCAGGAGCACUGAAAAAUAGAGCUUGAAACUUUAGAGGAAUAGAAAUGGAUCAUUUUGCUGCUACAACUGCUUCUCAUGGCUCCCGUCAAAGACCGUUAUUUUAUUGAGACUUGGGUAAGAAGUUUGUGUGUGAGGAGGCUGAAAAUCCUGAAGAAGAAAAAAUAUAUGAGUGAGGGCAGAACUUUUGACCUUUUCUGAUCACUGAUAACCUUUGGGGCAGCACCUGAGUUACACCUUUAAAAUUUUCCUUGUGACUGCACGGCUGGUUGGGUGGUCUCUGGGCACUCCCGCAUUCAGAUCUUCACAGCACUCUUACUCUUCUUCAUUAGUUUGAUCUGUGGGUAACUUGUGAUUUUCCUGGAGCUUAUUGCCUAAUCCUGCUCUAGAUCUCAUAUUUAAAAUCUUUCCAAGUCAGUUAUACUUUGCUGAUUUUCUUUAAUUCCCUAAAAGCCAUAGCUUCUACAUUUUCUGUCAGCAUACACUCUUACCAGAAGUUGAACCAAUACAUGCAGAAAAAAAAAAAAAACCUCCCUUAACAAUAUUUUUUAACUGAUGGUAUUUUUUAAGCUUACCAAUAUAAGUAUUUUUGAAGGUUAUAUAUUUUCAAAUCAUACAAUGAUUAUUCUUGUUUUCUCAUGUAGAAUAGAUUGUCAUGAGGUAGAGAGUGCUCCCUAACUUCUAUUUAUCCAAAUAAGUAGAGCAUGUUCUCAGGAUUAUACUAUUAAAUGCUAAUUUUCUUUAAAAGAAGAAAGAUUUUUCUGUCUGCCAAACUUUGUACUCAAAUUGGGGUAGAAAGGUAUGAGGCUUAUUAACAUUAAGGAUUACUCAGGUCGUGGUCCUUUAGGUUUGAAGUAUGAUUUCCCACCCUCUUUUAGAGGCAAUGACUGUUUGGAACACAGAGACUUGAUUGGUAGGAUUUUUUUUUUUUUUUAAUUGAGGAACCUGAAAAAAAAAACAGCCUUGUAAAGAAAUGCUGGCCUCGGCACAAAAGUCAACCCCAUCACCAGAGCGGACAUCCACAGGAAUGUUUUCCUCAACUGGUGUUCAGUGUAUUGUUUCCUGUCUGAGUGUUAUUAACUUGUUCAGAAUUAUUUUGGCUUUUGUCAUUUAGCCAAAUAAAAGCAAAGUGGUUUUACCUAA